AUUAUUAUUUAAUUAUGGACGGUGGUGAAGUAUAACAUGAUGGUUCCUCACCAUAAAAGAAAGUUAAAUCAAAUCCAAAUGCUUUGAAUUCUCUUAGAGAUGUAUUUAUCAUUUAUACUCAUGUUAGCAUACUGUGGUAGUAGCUGAUACUGGCAAGAUCAAUGACAUUUAAAAAUUCCUACCUGAAGAUGCCACUACUAAUCCUAGUCUGAUUCUUGAAGCUGCUAAAUUACCAGAAUAUUAAGCUUUAAUUGAUGAUGCUAUCCAAAAAGGUAUUAAAGCUUAUCAACUAUCUAAACAACCAGUGUAUGUCCAUUAUUAAUCUCUAGUUAAAAAUAACCAAAAAGAACUAAUUCUAGAAAAAAGAAAGAUGAACCUGAAAUUAAGGAAAUAGUUGAACCAGAAUUACCAUAAUUCAAUUUUAAUACAUUAAAUCCAGAAGAAUAAAAAAUUGUUAUUGGAUCAAUAACUGAUUAAUUAAGUGUUAAUUUUGGAUUAGAAAUCCUUAAAUUAGUUCCAGGAUAUGUUUCUACUGAAGUUGAUGCUCGUUUAAGUUAUGAUAAAUAAGCAACCAUUGACAAAGCCAAAAGAAUUAUAACUCUUUAUGAAUAAGCUGGUAUUUCUAAGAAUAGAAUUCUUGUUAAAAUUGCUAGCACAUGGGAAGGAAUUCAAGCUGCUAAAGCUUUAAAAAAAGAAGGCAUAUUAUGCAAUAUGACUCUCAUUUUUAAUUAUUAUUAAGCUUUAGCAUGUGCUUAAGCUGGUGUUAGAUUAAUUUCCCCAUUUGUUGGUAGAAUUUUAGAUUGGUUUUCAAAAAAUAAAAGUGGUGAAGAUUAUACUAAAUAAAAUCAUCCUGGUGUUAAAUUAGUAACUAGUAUUUGGAAUAGUUUUAAAAAGUUUAAAUAUGAUACAAUUGUUAUGGUAAUUUAUUAUUUUUAUAUUUAAUAUAGGCAGCAUCUCUCCGUUUAGUAGAUGAAGCUACUGAAUUGUGUGGAUGUGAUAGAAUGACUAUCCCUAUUAAAUUACUCAAUGAUUUAUAAGCAUUAGAAGGAACUGUAUUAGAACCUAAAUUAAAAGUUUAAAAUUUAGAUAACUUAAAUAUUGAAAAAGUUAAUGUUGAUGAAAAAACUUAUAGAUGGGAAAUGAACUGUAAUUUUUAAUUAUAAUCUAUAGAGGAUGCUAUGGGUACUGAAAAAUUAAAUGAAGGAAUUAGAAAAUUUGCUUAAGAUCUAGAAACUUUAGAAAAUUUAAUCAAAUAAAAAUUAUCAUAAAAUAACUAAUGAAAAAGUUAACACAUUAAUAUAUAUAACAACAUAUUAGUAU